GUUGCCGUCUUGGACGAAGGCGAACUCUUCUCUCCCUUUCAUGCUCACCGUGGUUCAACCGCUUCCAAUCCGCCUUUGCUGGCCUGUAUGAACUAUUUCAUACCCUUUUUAGCCUAACUAAAGGAAGUUUGGAGAGCCCCUCAUGUUGUCGUUCUUGAGGAAUGCAUUGGACUCCGGAAGCUCAGGUUCGACAGCUAGUUAUAGCAUCAAACAGACAGAACCUAUAAUCUACUUUAAUGUUGAUGGUAUCCGAGACUCCAUACCAGCCAUUCAUUGGGCGCAGGUCGCACAUACUUGCGCGCGGACUGUUUCACCCCUCUGCACCGCUGUACGGAAGACUCUGCAUGAUGAUGUAGAACAUCUCGUUCAGCUUUUUUCUGAACUGGAAGCAGCCUAUGCUACUGAAUUACAAGCCAAUGACGAGGACUGUUCAAUGAGCGUACGGACUACAAGGUCGCAACAACAUGAGGCAGGCGACAUCUUUGAGAUGUUCCGUCAUGAGGAGCUGCAGUGGGAUCCCAACGAACCAUUCACAAUACGCAGUCUCAAUCCUGAGUUGCCUACAAUUGUGAUCACUCCAUGUUCCACCCAAGAACAGGACCGCUCGUGUUGGGUGCCAUACCAAGACGCGGCAUUUGGUAAUCGGCUUUCAGUACCUAUGCACCCAGCUGUCAACGACGUGUUUCCACCACUGAUGGCCAAACCAUUGCCGUUUGUCGAGCACUGGAGUUUCGUGAAUGGACAUUGGAAAGCGUUGCUCCCAACCCCAGAAGAGCAGAUGCAAAAGGGUAUGUUCUCGAGACCUCUCCUGGCUAGGAGACGGAAGGGGUGUUGGGAUGCAAGGCCUCGGCACGCAUCAAAUACCCGGAGAACAACCUCUCAGCGUCAGGCUUUUAAAAGGCCUUAAAGCUGGCGAUGCGGUUUGUUGGCUGCAUUGAAGUUGGGUUCAUUGCCGGUUGUUCAACUUUCAUUUGUUGCGGUCCACCAUAUAUUCUUAUAUGUAGAUAUUUGUAUCAUGUAUUGUACGUUUUUGCAUGCUCGUGUAUGUACUCACAUCCAACGCCGAGUCGCUACGGUACAGGUUGGUAACAUUGGCAAAUAUUAUUCAACCAUUUAC